ACCUGUAGCUCUAGCAGCAGCUUACGACAAUCGCCUGCAAAGUCUCCCUGGUGAAAAUGGGGAUGUUUGCCAGGACUGCACACAGAUCUUCACACUCCUUGUUGACAUGCUGUCCAAUGCUGACCUACAGAAAAAGAUAAUGGGAGGCAUUGAUGGUCUUUGUGCACUUCUGCCUGGGCCAGCUGCCAAACUCUGCAAAGAUGAAGUGGACAAAAUGCUCCCAUUAGCCAUCACCUUUGUUACUAGUGUUGCAAAACCUGCAGAUAUCUGUAAGAUGAUCGGCCUUUGUAGCUCUGCUGAAGAACGUGAGAAGAUGCUCAGCUACUUUGUCAACCAGGUUCUUCAGGCUAAUGUGAAAAGUGACAAUGGGGAGCCGGCAACACAUUGUUCCUUCUGUAUUUUCUUCUUCAAGACUUUGGAAGAACUGCUGCCCAAAGAAAGGACUGAGGACGCUGUGAUCAAACUGCUGGAAGAGAUUUGCCACAUCUUGCCGGCUUCGUAUCGCCACCAAUGCGAGGAUAUUGUUGGCAAGUAUAGCAAAACGGUGCUGGAUGCAAUCUUGGGCUAUGCCACUCCUCAGGCCAUCUGCGCCCUCAUCCAUCAGUGUAAAGGGCAGGAGGCUGUUGUGGACCCGUGCACACUGACAACAUACAGAUGCAGAGACGUCAGCACCGCCCUUAAGUGUGGAACUUUAUUCUACUGCCAGAAGUUUGCCUGGAAGCCUCUGAGCUACAACACCAUCUAAAAACUGCAGAAUGCGGAGAGGAUAAGUUCCUGUGAGCGAUCCCUCUUCAAACUGCAAAUUAUUAUUUUGUAUCCUAGUUAAUGAUUUGACUGUGAUUUUACUGGCUGGACUGAGAGGAACGGCAACAAUGCCUUAUCUAACUGGAUUUGCAAGGAAUGCUGCCAAGAUAAGAAAGUUUCACUGGAAAGAGGUUGAAUUCUUCAUAUUCCAGUUGCUUUGCAAACAUAAGAUUAACAUUACGCUUGACGAGUGUUAAGACUUUCAUAGAUUCCUUCAUGCUUUUUUGUAAUCAUCUUUCACAUUUUGAUACUUAAAUAAAAUGAUCCUAAUGCUG